GGCUGUGGAGCAGAGGACGAAGCACUCUGCAAACUCUCCUUCACUUGUCGCUCUUCAUCCACACACUGUUCCAUAUCCGUUCCCUCCUUCAUCCCCUCUCCUGGAGUCUGAGCCGAGCAGCUGCCAUCUUCACCCGAGCUUCACCGAUCUGUCUGUGGUCACUAUGGAUGUUGCGAUCCAGCACCCCUGGUUCAGACGCGCCAUGGGCUCCGUCUACCCUGCACGACUCUUUGACCAGUUUUUCGGGGAGGGCAUGUUCGACUAUGACUUCUACCCCUACAGCUCCACCACCAUCAGCCCUUACUACAGACAGACCCUUUUCCGCAGCUUUUUGGAUUCCUUCAACUCCGGCGUUUCUGAGGUGAGGUCUGAUAAGGAUAAGUUCACAGUUUACCUGGACGUGAAGCACUUCUCUCCCGACGAGCUCUGGGUGAAGGUCACCGACGAAUACGUGGAGAUCCAGGGCAAGCACGGAGAACGACAGGACGACCACGGCUACAUCUCUCGCGAGUUCCACCGCCGCUACCGCCUCCCCUCCAAUGUCGACCAAUCAGCCAUCACCUGCACCCUCUCAGCUGACGGCCUGCUCACCCUGUGGGGGCCGAAAGCCAGCGGGGGGAACGAAUCCGGCCGCAGCGAGCGCAACAUCCCCGUCACUCGCGACGACAAGCCCAACGCCGCCGUCUCCUCCUAGAAACCGAGUGGUGGCUGAUCCUGCGUCGAUGGACCAGGGAUGGACCGAGUCUCCAUCCUCCACCUUUUGGCUUUUUCUUCUCACUUUCGAGGAUUUCUGUGUCCUCCGUAGGUUCCUCGUAGCACACAGUAUUAUCAUUAGUAUUACUGUUUUGAGCUUAACAUAACUCUCCCUGUGAGGGUGGUCGAGUGAGUGAGGGGCGCCUGGAGGGUUUACAGACAAACCCCACAUCAGGACGGUUGUCGAUGGUCUUCGUCAGAGCGAGCGAGCCCUCUGACGCUACAGGUGGGUGGACAGGUGGGUGGGGUUAAGCUUGGAGGUAAAUGUCACUCAUGUCUUGUCCCAGAUGUUCCAUCAGUGAAGUUCUCCGAGGCCCGGGCUGCUUCCAUUCUUGUGCUCUCCUCUCCUGUCUUAAAUAUAUCCUGUUCUGUAGCUUAGGCCUUGUUUAAUGGAUACCUGCUCAUUACUGAGAAGUCCAUGCUGAAGAAACAGAUAAUAAAGCUGUACGAUUAACAAAAAGCAA